CCUUUGCGUCUCCUGUGACUGUCGUGACUCGCUCCGCCUCGUACCGAGCUGUCAUUCUCAGCCGUCUGUGAUGAAACUCACUUCAGCUGGGCUGGACGGGCACCUCCACCAAGCUGUCCUUGGGAUGAUAUUUAUUUCUCUAGGCUUUCCUUCUUCUAACGAUUUUCAGCAGACUGUUUGAAAGGUGUAUUUACCCUAAAUAACACAAUCAGGACUGGUAUCUCCACAUCACCCAGGGUAAUCAUAAACUGGGAACAAAUAAGAAUAAAUCCUUGAACAAUACACGCACCAGCACAAGAGUCAUUCAGGGCUGCUGGGUCACCUGGGAUCAGAUUACAAUUUGAGAAUGCCCCGCUAUAAAUGGAAUUCUGUGGCGUUAAUAGCCGUGUUGUUACUCCAGGGCGUCAUUACAAUCCUGCUGAUAAGUUCGAACAAAUGGUGGAGCCUGGUCCCAGAAAAGGUCAAUAUUUCGCACAAGCUACCGCUCCCCAAAGCCAAGGUGCAUGUGCUGCUGCUGUCGUCAUGGCGAUCAGGCUCCUCCUUCCUGGGACAGGUAUUCAGUCAGCACCCAAACGUGUUCUACCUUAUGGAGCCAGGAUGGCACGUGUGGUCAACGCUGAACUGGCCUGGGGCUCUGGCUCUGCAGGUUCCAGUGCGUGACCUCCUUCGUAACGUGUUUCAGUGCGACUUGUCUUCGUUUGAGGCCUACACCCCUGCAAAGCGUAACGUCUCCCACCUCUUCAUGUGGAGUCAGAGCCGGGCCCUGUGCUCCCCGCCUGCCUGUUCCCUCACUCCGCAUGGGCCCUUCCACAGUUCAACUGACUGUGCGCGCCAUUGCGACACAUUCGGAUUCAAGAGGGCGCAAGAGGCCUGCCGAAGUUACAGCCACGUGGCACUCAAGGAGGUGCGUCUGUUUGACCUACAGCCAUUGUACCCGCUGCUUCAUGACCCUGCCCUAGAUCUCCGCAUCAUUCAUCUAGUGCGCGAUCCACGGGCUGUGGUCCAGUCCCGACUGCAGGCAGGGGCAUUUCUGCGGAGGGACGACACGUUGGUCCUGGAGAUGGGCAACGCACGCUCCCCUGACGCCAUCUUCCGCGUGGUGCAGGAGGUGUGCCACGGCCAGGUGCGGAUCCACAAGAUGGCCUCGCUUCAACCGUACAGCAACCGCUACCGCCUCGUGCGGUACGAGGAUAUGGUUCGCGACCCGUUGAAGGAAAUCGAGGAUCUGUACAAAUUCACCGGACUACAGAUGACUUCGUAUUUGAAAGACUGGAUCCACCACGUCACCCACGGCAAGAGCCAAAAGGGACCCAUCUUCCAAGUGAGCUCAAGGAACGCUGCCAUGGUAUCUGAGGCCUGGAGGGUCAAACUGCCCUACAGCAAAGUGCGUCGCAUCCAGGACGUGUGCAGUGCAGCUAUGUCCCUGCUUGGCUACCUGCCCGUGAGCAGUGACACACAGCAGAGAGACCUUAAGAUGGACUUACUGAGUCCACGCAAACCUAAACAUUCCAGUGACCCAGACUCUGGAAAUAAAUCACUGAACCAAAUUUGGUAGUAUUUUUAAUCUCAACUGCUAGUUUUUGUUUCAAGGGCCAGUGUUCAGUGUUCUGACUCGAAUUCUUUAAAUAAAGUUGAUUCAAAAAUGAA